AUGACCCCGCCGCCGCUGCUGGGCGGCUUCGCCGCUGGAGGGCCGUCGCCGCCUCCGGGCAGCCUCAGGUCCCGCAUCAAGUCCUACGAGGACGCCUGCCGCCAGGUCGACCCGCAGGCCGAGCAGGAAGCGGCCCGGGCGCUGCAGGCCCGCUGCCCGAGGCCGCGGCUGGCGCAGCAGGGGUCCUCCCUCUCGGUGGCGAGUGCUGCGGCGUCCACGUCCAUGCCGACGCCCGAGUCGCGCAGUCCAGGAGCGUCGACGCCGCCGACGACGCCGGAGCCGCGCAGCCCCGAGGGGCGCGGCGGCGCGGCGGUGGCGCCGCCGGCGCCAGCCGUCCGGCGGCCCCAGCGGCGCCUGGCGGCGGUGGCGGAGCAGCGCGUCGUGAAGGCGGGUUUGCGCCGCAUCCAUCGCGAGCUCGUGCUGCAGCCGGGCGCGCAGGUGGCGGAGAUGCCCAGGCGCAUCAUGCGGGCCUCGGCCUCGUUCCUGAGGCGCCUUGUCACGAGGGAGCUCGAGCUGAAGGUCUGCAUGGAUAACGACGUUAGCGGUGCCCAGAUGGACCUGAAGCACCUCUCUUUGGAGCAGCUGUUGGCCUUGCGGGAAUCGAACCUCGGCUUCGCCUGCGAGUCGGACAGUCAUGGGGCGCACCGCAACUUCCUCAACACGGCCGACAGGCUGAUCUUCGAGAGGCUGGCCUCGCGGGGCCUCCGCGGAGACGCGGCCAGCUCGUCCACGGCCAGCCGACUGCAGGCGCUCGGAGCGCGGAUGACCGCCGCGAUGGGGGCCGCGGAGCUGCUGGAGGACCCAUCGACAGGCCUGGAGGCCUGGACGGAGAGCCCAGCGGACCUCCCUGCACUGCCGUUGGUGUGGGCCUUGACGCUUGGGGAGACGGACCCGGGGGGCUGCAGCUGCGGCCUACUGCACAGCCAGGAACUGUGGCUGGAGCCGCUCGCUGGAGAGACGCCCGACCUUGCAGGGCGCCUGGGCGACACGCGUGUGGCGGUGGCCUCCGAUCACACAUGUGCAGACAGGAGGGUGGCGUGGGACUUCCUGAUCGUGGACCCGCAUGUCGACGACGUUCUGGCCGAGCUCUUUCGGGACCGGGCCGCGGCACGGCCGAGGAGGGAGCACGCCUCGGAGCUCUCGGGCGCCGUGGCCCGGAGGUGCGCCGGCCGAGCCGCCGAGCUCGGGCUGCCCGACGCCGACGACGCGGCACCGUUGGCGAGCUGGGCGCCCCGGCAGCCCUCCGCCUCGGACAGCGACUUGUCCACCGCGGCCAGCUAG